UCCUAUCCAACACUUAACUGAAGCACUGAAACAUAAACAAAUUCACUUGGUUUGUGCUUUUAAGUGAAAUAUAGAAGGAUUAAGCUUAAAGUUGAACCAUGUCUAGUGUCUCUUCGGCCCGCGAGUCGCUGUCGCACGCCUUGAACAACCGCUUUCUACCCAAUCUUGAGUACUUGCUGCAAGGGUCCAUCUUGGACUCGGCCGUCGAACAUCUAAUGCACAGGCUAAAAGGCCUCUGCGAUAAUGUGGACACAUCGCCGGAGACCUUUCAUGACCUGGAGGUGUGCAUGAGUCUCCGGCAACCGAACUCCAAUCAGCCGCUCUUGCUUCGUGUGCGUCGCGCCUUGGGCCGGGACGCUCCCUUCCAGAUGCGUUACCUCGGCCAGCCAGAGGUGGACCAACGUCGCCCCACAUUAGUGCGCAGUUGCAUGGACUGUGCCUGCACGAACGGCAUUCUGGAGUUCCUUACAGAAAUGGGGUUUCGCCUAGAGUUCGAAUACAUCGCCAAGGGAUACAUGUUUCGCAAGGGCCGCAUGAAGAUCACCGUCUCGAAGCUCAUCAAAAUCAUACCCGGCAAGCAGCAGGACAUGGCCAAUGAGCCAAUCUCACAGAGCUACAUUGUGGAGCUCUCUGUGGUGGCGCCCACGGGGCAGGAGAAUGUCGGCGAAGAGAUGCGCGUUUUUGCCGAGCAACUGAAGCCGCUGGUGCAGCUCGACAAGAUUGACUACAAGCGUCUGGGGUCCAUGCCCUAAGCCUAAUGUCCAUAAAUGUGAAGACUAUUUUGUAAUUUUUUUAACACUUAUUUAAUUGCUAACGCAUUAAUCCAUAGAAAAAUAUAUAAGACAGCAAUUUAA